AUGCCAUCGCCUGAUGCCGGCCCUCCCUGGUUUACUCGGCCGCCGGAGGAGCUCUCGGAUUCUUCUUAUCGUGGCCUCCGUCGAUCUCUCCUCGUCUUCCAAAGUCCCCUCCGAUCAAGUCCUAUAAUUCUGAAAGAAUUAGGUAACCCUACGCUUUCGGCUCGAACCUCGGCAAGAAGCUUGCGGGGACAGCAACCCUUCAUUUCCGUUCUUCUCCGUUAUCCGGUCAUUCGCACCACAGUGGUUUCCUUCCCCGGUCGCGAUCAUCAAAGGGUCCUCCGAACCAAUUCCUGUGACUGUGAGGGCCUGGCGGCCUGCCCUCCCGCAUGCUGCCGUGAGCCCUCCAGAACCUGUAUCCUCUGCAGUGCACUGUGUGUAUUUCUCUUAUCUGCGGCACGGACAUCAGAAAGAAGGGCUCCUAGCCUGCUCUUUGUUUUUCCAAUCAGGGGCAGGGCAAGAGGUAGGGAAGAGCUGCGUUGUUGUGCCAAUUGGUGGGAAGCGGAUUAUAUUAUGUUCGACUGUGGCAUGCAUAUGGCAUACCUAGACCACCGUCGCUUCCCUGAUUUCUCUCUCAUCUCUGAGACUGGUGAUUUCAAUUCUGCUCCCACCUGUGUCGUCAUAGCACACUUCCAUCUAGAUCAUGUUGGUGCUCUUCCUUACUUACAGCAGUUUGUGGGUAUCGUGGACCCCUAUGCAUGACGGCAAGUUUUCA